GAGGAGGAGGGGAGCCGGUCGGAGAGUUUAGUUUAGUUAUCGGGUGAACGCGCACAAUCGGUACUUUGGUUAUCCGGGAUAAAAUCCGUUAUUAAUAUAUUAUUUUGAUGAAAAUUGUGAGUAGUCCUCGUUGCGAAAGUUAUUAAUAAGAAAAUGUCAAAUUUGACUUACGAGGGUAUAUGGAGAGAGGCGCAACGUUGUCUCGAGGAAGUUGUCGCGGUAGACUCGAAUCUUCAGAAUUCACCACCUCAAAGAGAUAGAAAAAGAAUGCACCGGAGUAUAGCCGAAUUAUACGUCAGAUAUAUAGGAAUAGCAAACAAGUUGGAAAGUUGUUACGAUCAAAUGGUACAACCGCAAAAAAGAAUAUUGAUUAAAAAAAUGUUAGACUCGACGAUCGGUCGUGUAAUAGAAUUGAAGCACGAACUGGUCGAGAUUGAUCUCAGCGAGCACAGUUACUACGACGAUAUAUUGUUGAAGUACGGGUUAACGCCGCAGGAUACGGAGCUCGUAAUACCGCAUUACUUCAGAGGCGAGAGGGAAGAGGAAAUAAGCUCGAGGAGGAAAUUCAUUGAGAUUACGUUGAGAAAGGUGGGAGCUCUCGAAGAAACGAUCGAGCCCAAGAGAAUAACGGAAACGGAAGCUAUUAGACUGAUACAGAGUCACGAGCGGGCGCGACAAGGACGCGCGAGAUUUCAAUUCAUGAAGGAAAUACGGGAAACGAAAGAACGUUCGACUUUGAAAAGUGCGGCCGAGAGGGGCGGCGGAGCAGAUAACGCGACGGCGGCGGCGGCGGCGGCGGCGGCGGCGGCGGCCGAGGUAGCAGCCGCGAAAGAGGCCGAGGCAACGUUGAAAAUUCAAAAAGUUUGGCGGGGCUACGUGACGCGGUAUCGCAUAAGGAAAAGACGGAUAGAGGAAAUGUUGCUGAUAGGCAUGGUUCAACCGAGUCGAACGAUUACGGAAACGAGCCGAAAGGACGAGCGAAUAAGGAAUAAGAGGCGUGAAAAGCAGCGGGAAUUUGAAGAAUUGUACGAACGAAUGAAGCUCGAGAGGAGAGAAUUCAUUCGGGCGGAGAGAGCAGCGAUAAUGGAAGAAAAUAUCCGAGCCGAAAUAAGAAACUGGAUAAAUUCGUAUUUUCAGCAUACCGGAAAAAUACCGGAACUUCCAUCGGCCGAAAGCGGUGGUUCGAGAAUAAUUCUCAGUCGGCAGGGUACGGAGAGCAGUAUGAGCAAAUCGACGACGACGGGAGGAUCGUCGUCGAAGGAGUCGAAAAAAUCGAAAAGCAGGUCAAAAUCAAAGAAAAAGGAGAGUCCGGAAUCGGGGGGGGGAGAAUCGCAGGACGAGUCCGAUCCGGGAAUGAAAAUUCAGGCGUCGAAUUUCGUCGGUGAAAUAAUAAGAGCGAACGAGGAGUACACCGAUAUUUGGCGUGACAAGGAUGAAUCGGUAAAUCCGAGGCAAUUGCCUUACGAGGAGAUAAUAGAGAACGAAAAGAGUCGUGAAAUCGAGGAGGAGUUGAGAGUCGGGAUUGAUGACGGUAUUCGAGGUGACCUCGAAGCUUUAAGAGCCGCCCUCGAUCGAGAUCGAGGUUUUCGGGGUAAACGAGGAAAAAAAUCACAAAAACGCGUUCGCCGGAGUGGGAAAAAAAAUAAGAGGAAAAAAGAAAAGGAUCUGACACCGGACAGAACGACCGAGUCGUUGUUCGAAGAGCUCGUUACCAAUGGAAUAAUAAAAUUAUGUCCGGAAGUGCGAUUGAGCGAUUACAUUGGUGAAAAGUCAUUCGGAAAUUUCGAGGUUUGGCAAACUGGCAAAGAUCCUAUGCCCGCGAUCGGUGAGAUUCGUCAAGCCGUCGGAGAAUAUUGCGUUAUACCCCUCGGCAACGAAACCAUCAGGCAACUUACGCCUCUGGUGAGAUCCGUAUUGAUCGCGGGACCCCACGGAAGCGGUAAAAAAAUGUUGGUACGCGCCAUCUGUACCGAAUUGGGGGCGACUCUCUUCGACGUUACACCGGCCAAUAUAGCUGGUAAAUAUCCUGGUAAAUCGGGCCUGAUAAUGCUCCUUCAUUUGAUAUCGAAGCUUUCGAGAUUGCUUCAGCCGUCGGUUAUAUUUAUGGACGGGGCUGAAAAGCCGUUCGUCAAAAAAGUCCCGAAAACGGACAAAACCGAUCCAAAGAGGCUGAAGAAAGAUUUGCCGAAACUGAUUAAGAGCAUAACGAGCGAGGAUCGUGUUAUAUUCGUCGGUACUUCGAGUUCACCCUGGGAGGCCGAUCAAAAACUUUUCUUUCAGACGUAUGACAAAGUUCUCUAUAUACCCAGACCGGAUUACGGGACUGUUUCCCUCAUUUGGAAGGAUCUCCUCUACAAAUACGCCGGUAUCAACCGACAAUUCGAUACUUCGGCAAUGACGAAAAUAUCCGAUGGUUUCACCGUUGGAACCAUCAUCGAGUCGAUAAACGAGAUCAUGACAACGAAGAGAAUGGUACAGCUUCGGGUGCAACCAUUGACGCACGUCGAAUUGGUGAAUGCGUUGAGCAGCCGCGAUCCCAUCUACCGGGAGGAAGAGGACGCUUUCCUUGGUUGGUUCGCGAAAACACCUACCCGUCGUAAGAAGCAAAAAUCGGCCGAACUGGAGCAACAAAAGCUCGAAGAAGCGAGCGAGAAGCAAAAGAAAAAAGGCAAAGGAAAAAAGAAAUAGACGAGUCGCGGAGGACACAAUAACUUAAAUAUCAUCAUUCGUAACGCUGCGAUCAACGCAUUCGUUCGAGCAGCGAUUUUUUAACGUUCGUUUUAUCGAUGCUUCGUACGAAUAAUAAAUAAUAAUAUCCGCGCGAGCGCGCGCAUUACCUCA